UCCUCUCCCCGCCUCACCUGAGCCCAGCCCUACUAGGCUCGCAGGCUCCUCUCUGCCAGACACAGCCAGCGGGCAGCGGGCGCCGCGUCACCAUGCCCAGCAUCUUCGCCUACCAGAGCUCCGAGGUGGACUGGUGCGAGAGCAACUUCCAGCAUUCAAAGCUGGUGGCCGAGUUCUACAACACGUUCAGCAAUGUCUCCUUCUUCAUCUUUGGGCCUCUCAUGAUGUUCCUGAUGCACCCUUAUGCCCAGAAACGCUCCCGCUCCAUUUAUGCCCUCUGUGUCCUCUUCAUGAUCAUAGGCCUGUUCUCCAUGUACUUCCACAUGACGCUCAGCUUCCUGGGCCAACUGCUGGACGAGAUCUCUAUCCUGUGGUUGCUGGCUGGUGGCUACAGCAUAUGGAUGCCCCGCUGCUACUUUCCCACCUUCCUAGGGGAAAACAGGCCCCAGUUUAUCUGCCUGAUUGUCAUCGCCACCAUGGUCAGUACCUUCCUGUCCUUCCUGAGGCCUACGGUGAACGCAUAUGCCCUCAACAGCAUCGCCCUGCAUAUCCUCUACAUCGUGUUCCAGGAGUACAAGAAGACCAGUAAUAAGGAGCUUCGACAUCUCAUUGAGGUCUCCGUGGUUUUGUGGGCUUUUGCAUUGACCAGCUGGAUCACUGACCGCUUCCUUUGUAGUUUCUGGCAGCAGAUUAAUUUCACCUACAUGCACAGCGUCUGGCAUUUGCUCAUCAGCAUCACCUUCCCUUAUGGCAUGGUCACCAUGGCCUUGGUGGAUGCCAGGUAUGAGAUGCCAAACCAGACCCUCAAAGUCCGCUACUGGCCUCGGGACACGUGGCCCGUGGGGCUGCCCUACGUGGAAAUCAGUGGUGACCACAAGAACUGCUAAAGUCUGCCGGUCUCUGGACUCCCCAACCACCAGCCAACUCACCUGUGUCUUGAUGAGAGAGGCUUGGAUCGCGAGUCUGAGAGACACACACAGUUCCUUCCUCCAGCUCCCUUUCCUCAUCCUCCUUGCCCUGCAUGACCCCACUCCAAGGCAGGGGAUGGACAUCAAGACUUCUCUGAGCAGCAGACUGAUGACCCUGCAGGGCUGCCAGGCAGAGCUCCCCUUCCGGACCUGCCCUGUUCUCUGUCAUCUCCUCCUCAUGCUUGUGUUCAUGGCCACCCUGUUGUCACACAACCUGGAAGGACUGGAUGACCAGCUGCUAUGAUAACAUGGCUUCCACUGGGAUGACCUCUACUGGGGCUUGGGCCACAUGCCGCUUAUUCACAGUGGCAGCCAUGACCAGACUCUUUGGACCUGACUUUGGCCUGGCACUGUCCUUGGUACUUAGAGGCCAUCCCUAAGAAUGGACAUGUUUUCCGGUAACCUCAUCCCACCCUCAUGCGUGCAGAGACCUUGCAGGCCACCACACACGCUCACACAUGGACUGUGUGGCCAUCUCACUGGUUGACAGCAGAGUGACAUGGACACCUGGAUGGGCAGUCUGGGUGCUGUGGGGCACGGAGGGGAGCUGGGGUGGUCAGUAUAGGCUCUCAAAGCAAGGGGAGAAGGGGAGUAGUAUUUCAUUGUGGUUAAGAGCACAGGGCUUGGAGUUAGGAGACCUAAGUUUGAAUCCUGCUCCACCAUUUCCUACUUGUAUCAUCUGGGGGAAGUGAUUUUUUCCUGCGUCUGAAGCUUGUCUAUAAAAUGGAAAUAUUCCUUUCUUCAUGAAAUUUCUGUGUGGAUAAAACAAGAUAAGGCAUGUAAAGUGCUUAGCAUGGAGUCUGAUAAACAUCUAUCCAUAUACUCACCCUUUAAUUUAUUCAUCCAUCCAUCACCAUUGAAUCAUUCAUUGAAACAUCCAUUCAUCUAUCCACUUAUCCAUCCAUCCAUCCAUCCAUCCAUCCAUCCCCUAUUAUCCUUCCAUCCAUUUAUUUAAUUAUCUAUCCCUCUCCUCCAUUAACCCACCCAUUUAUAUUUAGCGAUCCAUUUGUCUAUUCAUUUAUCCAUCCAAAUCAUCCCAUCAUUCUUCCAAUCAUCCCACCUAUUCAUUCACUCAUUUAUCUCUUCAACAAAUAUACAUUUUCUACUAUAUGUCUUACGCCAGU